AUGUCUAGACAAGAAUUUCAAAAUUAUUAACAAUAACAAUCAGCAUAAUCCUUUAAAUAAGAAUCUGAAUAUUCUAUUUACUCUAAAGUAAUCUUAGGAGAUGGUGUAUUUUAUAUCUGAAUAUACUAGAUUCCAUAUAUUAAGGAGAAUGGUAAAACAAUUAAAGACAUGGCAAAGGUAUUUAAAUAUAUCCAAAUGGUAAUUUAACCAAUCUAAAGAAGGUAUUAUUUUUGAAGGAAUUUGGGAAGAUCAUAGAAUUGUUGGAAAAGUAAUAAAAAUUGAUGGUGACAUAAUAGACUGUGUUAUUGAAAAUAAUUAAAUUGUUUAGAGUUCAAAAACCAUACUAUAAGAAGACUUAGAACAUUUACUUAAUCAAUAAUUGGAGAAAAUUUAUACUUUAGAAAAAAUAACAUAACUAAUACAAACAAAUUUAAUCUUUUAACGCAUCAUUUCAGAUGGAAUUGAAUAUGAUGGACAAAUACAAAAUGAAAUGAA